AUGCUGCCCGCCUCGAAUCCAAUGGCUCGUCUAGUCUCCGUCGCCAACGCAGCUAGACUCCUCCGCACCCUCCCAAAACGCUCCUUCACCUCCGCCUCACCCUCUGCCACCUCUGCCAAAUUCAAUGGUUUCUUCAACUCUUCCUCGCCCUACAACCGUUUCGCCGCCACUCCUUCUUCAGCUUCAACCACACCACUCUCGCGCUUCGCGGCUCAGUCCUCGCAAAAGUUUCAACAACCACGAUUCUUCUCCUCCUCCCCACUCGGACCAUCCGCUGCUGCCUUGAAGGUACCCAAGUCCUCCUCCCAACUGAAGCAAGGCCAAUCCGUCCGGAACUACUCUCACCACUCCUGGCACGGCGAGUCCCACGAAGGUCGACGCGCCGCCUGGUUCGGUCGUUUCGGCCGUCACCACCGAGGCGGCGACGCUGCCGCCGGAAAAGCCGCCGCCGGCCUCCACGGCGCCAAGAUCGAAGCCGACGUCCACCGACACAUCCGCGACAGCUGGAACUACGGCUGUCGCCGCGGAUACCACCACCACCAAUUCCAUCACCGCCGCCACCGUCCUCGUCGGUUCCUCUUCCGAAUGAUGGUCCUUUCCACCGUCCUGGUCGCCGUCCCCAUGGUCAUGAUCUUUGACGCUCCUUGCAACACCCUUGCCUAUGUUCCUUUGACCGUUGGAGGUGCCGGGUUGGCGCUCAUGUUAACCGGUCGGUUGUUGUACGUUGCUCUGCCCAUCUUUGCCAUCGGUGGCGCGGCCAUGUUCUGGGCUACUACUAUGCCUGCCGCAAACACUAUCAAGGACCUAAAAAAGAUCCUGGAGCGUAAUGAAAUGUCGAACGGAAACGGUCGGUACGCCCCUACAGCUCUGUCGGCCCUAGGCGGCGAUUGGGAAGUCCAGCCCGCAAGGCCCGAUGAAUGGUUCCGUUGGACCUUCCCCACCGUCUCCUCCUCUACUUCCAAAGGUGUCAAGCCUGACGCCGCAUCCCUUGACAAGCUGAGUGUCCGCAUGGCGAUCUUGGACCCGCAUGACCAAAGCGAGCACAAGGCCAAGACCAUGAAGUUCCUCGACAAGCUCCAAGACAAAAAAGAACGCUCCUCCAAGAUGCGCCGUCACUUCAAGGACCACGCCGACUCUGACUCCAUGAACCCACACCAUCGCGAAUGCCACCGCAUGCUUGAAUCGCUCAAAGUCCAACGCGACGGAGACCACAUCCUCGUCCAGAUGGAAGAUGACGGUGCCAAAAUGAUGGAUCAACCCUGGGCCAAGAAAUACCUCGCCCUGGGCCAGAUUGUCGACCGUGCCGCUUCAGAAAUGGAGGCUGGCCGUCCCGGUAUGAAGUUGGGCGAGCAGGUGGUCCUGGUCCACAAGAACGAUAAGAGACGUAGUGGAGAGGAUUCAUUCUGGCGUCGUUGGUCGCCUUAUGGCGACUUGUCGAUCCGGAUCCCUUUUGACCGCACUUGGGUCAACGACCUUAGUGAGUAA